CUUCCUACGCGAACAACAACAAAGGCCGGAACAAUAAGAGAAAUCACGUGUCCGUUGCGUGCCUUCCGUUCAAGCUGUGGCUGCCAAAACCCGGGGAGGCCGACGCGGUGCGGAAGCAGUGGAUCGAAUUUCUGACGAAGCAGAACCCGCCCCUGCGCUUGAAAAAGAUCUACAUCGGGUCGGCCGGGAAAAUUCUGCCCGAAAUCUCGCUGAAAGACCUGCAAAACCGAAGGAAGCAUUUAAAGGACUGCUACAAGGAGCACGGCAUCAUGCACCGGGUCACGCAGGACAAGCCGGACUUCAGUCUGGACCUUUUCCCCGCACUCUGCAUCGACUUUGCGCAGGAAAACCAGAUCGAGCAUUGCCUGAACAGCUGCUUCUUUGACGAAAUCCGGAAGCUGAUCGCCGCGGGCAAGUACAUCACGCCGACGAACUCGAACAGCUGCCGCUCCUUGAAUUCCUCUUCUGUCGGGAACAGCAGUGUGAGCAGUUCCUCCUACAACAACGCGGUGAAUCGGAACAGAAACAACCACGACGACUUCUGGAACCGGAGAACCGGGAAGAGCUUCUUCCGCACGAACAAGAGAACAAAUAACGACGACAAGUCUUCUUCUUCUGCCCUCCACAUUCAGCUCCCGUGCGAGGAGGACAACUUGGACGAAAGUUGUAAACACAACAACUCCUCAUUCGACCAGUCCCCGAUCGAGUCCGUGGUUUCCUCGUUGGACCAGUCCCCGAUCGAGCAGUAUCGCAUCCCCUCGGACUACGAGUCCAGCGCGAAUUACUCCGACGACGACAAAAAGCACGCGAAGGAGCUUUUUCACACGAACAAGAUCAAAAACGAAGCAAACCAGAUCGACCUGCAUGCGGCGUUUGGCAGUGCAGUCACCGCGACGGGGGCAGCGGUAUCAUCCUCGGGGAUGAUGAUGAACAGCAAGAACCCUGUGACGUCAACAACAGGAGAGCACGCAGGUACACCUCUGACGGAAGACCAGAUCGCAAUUCAGAAAGCCAAUUCGCGGCUGCAGGAGAUCGACCGGAAUAACAAGUUCAUGUUCUUCGGGUCGCGACCGAGGGGGCGAAACGUCGAACUGCGCGGGGAUCCGGUCAGCCGGAAACGGUCCACAAGUUCUUCCCGCGGCAGGAAGGGUCACAAACGGUCUUGUUCGCGCGACCGGCGAAAAAACAACACGAAGAACGACGGCGAGGAACAUCAAGGCCAAAAACCAGAGGCCGCUUUUGAUGUUAAACCUUCUUCGAAAGGGGAAAACGGUUCCGUUGCAGGAGCGGAAAAAGCGGAACUGGCGGGGAAUAAUUCUCCUUCGAACCAACUCCAGGUAGGUGUUGGGGCUGUUGAGUGUACAGAACAAGGCAAGAGCGAGAACACGACGACAGGGGCAGCUUCACCGGAAGAUGAUGAAGCCACUCCUCAGCAGGAGAUCACGCGAGACGUUGUGAAACUUGCGUUGCCUAAAGCAAGCGCACUCCCGCCUGGAACAGCUGCUGUACGCUCUUCUCCCGCGGGGACGGUGGGCGGUAAUCCGUUACUGCCGUUUCCUAUCGGUCUGACAGUGCCCCCACCUGCAAGCACAUCUUGUCCCCCUACGAUGGCAAAUCCGCUUCUCCCGGUUCCGAAGAUCAUUCCGAUCGUGCCGAGCUCGACCAAAAUGGCUCCCAGCGUCCCGCCGGGGCAGCCUCUUCCGGGCGCGGCGAGCCUGCAGCCGCUUCCAGGGAUGGGCGGUCUGCAACCGUUGCCAACGUCGGCUUGUGCAGGUGCAGCGCCAGAGGUUGGAGGUGCUUCGGCGAACAAGGAAAAACAGCUAGCCGCAACGCCAAAUGUGGCCACGACGAGCAGUGCCAACACAGAUGGAGCUCCGGUGAAAGUGAUUUCUGGCCACCUUCAGAUGAUCCAAAACACGCCGAACGUAUCCACAAAGUGUCCGGAUUCAACAUCGAAUAUGUUGAACAAAUCCUCGACGACGGUUCUUGACGACACCCCAAGCUGCGUGACGGACAAAUCCGGAAAAUCUUCGUUGGUGCAAGAUAGUGAACAAGAUCCAGCUGCAAACACCAGAGCGACGAGUCCAACCGCAAAUAUUAAGCGUGGGGAAGAUGGACCGAAGAAAAGUUACAUUCUUCCCCAAGAGCAACACGCGACCAAGAGGGACACCAAUGGCAACAUGACCACGACCACGGCCUCUACGGCAGCGAGCGCCUUAACUAGUAACCCGAAUAGCUCGAUAAAUAGAAGCAAGUUCCAACAACUGAGGCUAAAGAAGGAAAAAGCGCGCCGACGUCAGGGCGGUCUGCAGUUUGGCGGGAGGAGAGAGGAAAAGAACAGAUUUGAGAUGGAGGAGGAAUUGUCUGCUAGCAGCGAGGUGCAACGGCAACGGUCACGCUCCCCGCACGGGGGUGACGAGGACCGUCGACGGAAUGACCUGAGAUCGAGGAAUAGUUUUGUUCCUGAUAACAAGAGGGCGACACCAAAGGCGAAACAGGCGGGAAAAUUGAAAAAUAAUCGCAAUCGAAGCAGAGACUGCUCCAGGGGGAGAAACAGACAAAGAAGCAGCACAAGCUCUUCGGGGGAUGCCUCUUCUCGCGCCGGUCGCUCGCAAUCCUCGCGCGGACGUCCCCGACGCGGCCGGAGACAACGGUCUGGUUCGACCUCCAAAAAGAACGACCGGUCAGAUCUUCAGAAAGGCGUCCAGCAAGCAGCCCGGAAAAGAAAAGACCAGAGCAGGGAUCGUGAUCCGAGCAAAAGAGCAAACAAGAAACGAAGGAGAAACGCAUCAUCCAAAAGCUCUUCCUCCGACGGGUUGUCCAGCUCUUCAAGCGAGCGAAGCGUAUCAAGAGCAGGCCGGAGGAAAAAUAGGAAUGCUAAAACAAGGAACGACGGCAAAAACGUCGAAACCGACAAGAAGGAUAAAGAGAAAGAUCAACUCCGCAAGGCGGUGGCCGAGAAGCAGGAUAAAAAGAGGAAUACCUCCAAGAAAUCUCAGCGCAACAAGAGCGCGGCGCAAAAUAGCGAAAAGGAUAAGAGUAAGAAAAAGCGACGGCGUCGCGGGGCUAGCAGCAGUGUUGAGUUCACAAGUUCCUCCGAUGAAGAGAGUAGCAGCCGAUCUUCGGAAGCCGAAAAGAAGACUUCAGCAGACAAGAAACGAAGAAAGACGAGCAAAAAUGAGACUGGUGACAAAGCGAAGGCGAACAAAUCACGCAGACUCAAUUCGAAGUCUGGCGUUACCUCCACACUUGCCGCGGAUGGAAAGGACAAAAGCAAGAAAGCGAAAGCGAGGAAAGGAAGCAAAAAUCGACCUGCGAAAAAAGGCAGUAGAAGCGGUUCAUCAUCUUCUUCAGACGCCGAUCGGCGAGGAACAUCCUCCUCUUCGGAUCAUGAUGAGACAUCAAGCGAUCACUCGUCCAAGGCAUCUUCCAAAAAAAAUCGUGAGGGCUCCAAGAGACAGCACCCUGCAGCGAAAAAGAAAAAAAAGGACGCCGCGAAAAACAAAGUCACUUCCCGCGCAGAGCGGCAGCUUGCGGCGGAAAAGGCACUGGCAAUCAUGGAAGCUAGCCACUCGUCGAAGAAGAACGACUCGAAAGCCAAGAAGAAAGGGCAGACCUCCUCCGCUGAUUGUAGUGCAAAUGACUUGUCGCGGGCCGCCUCUCUGUCGAGGACGAAUAAGCGGCAGGGCAAGGACGGGCGCAAAAGAAGUAGCCGAAGUCGGAGCAGACAGCGAGCAACCCGCAGAGGAGAGGAGGAAGGCGACAAGGAUCUGGAAGAAAGUGAGAGCAAGCGGGACUCGAACCUGGAGAAGCUGCGGCGCAAGAUGAAACGGCACAUCGCGGACAAGACGAGAAGCCGUCCGGCAAGUCGGAGUGACGAGGCUUCGAAGCGGAACUCGGCAGAGCGAAACAAGAACAUUGCAUCCACCAAGCCUCCGAAGACCCCCUCGUUAACCUUGCCACUGUCUAGUACCGGAAGUAGUGGAGGUGACCAGUCACGGCCACUCGUCAAGGCAGCUAGUUCAAAGAUCGUGUUUGAAUGCGAAUCGGCCAGCGAAGGAGGAACCCCCUUGACGAAGAAGGUGUGGGCCAAUAAGGAGAAGGGGACCUACAUCGAGAUUGAAAAUGUAAAAAAGCGCACAAAAUCUUCUGCCUUGCAGGACGGUAAGGCUGCAGACGGUGGAAAAGAAGAUGACCUAGUGCUGGGCACUGCAACUUCUGCUGCAGUAGCAAUGACCGCAGAGACAGCAAGCGCAGGAGAGAAACACGGUGAACAACCGCCACGAGACCUCGACCAGCUGCCAGCCGAAGUUGAUUCUUCGGCUCUCCCUCAACCCUCCACUGCGGAUCCGCAUGCGGUGCCGGCUGAAGACAAUGACAACCUUUCGGCAGCCGUAGACGAGUCGGAGGAGGAAGAACUUUCGCAGCUGAAGUACCCACCAGCCCAGUUUUAUCCGCCCGCCCAGUUCCAGUUCGUGGAAGAAACGGCUCUGCUGGACGGUACACCGGAAGUAGUAGUAGAUCCUACUGUCGUAGGAGCGAGUAUUGCUGUUGCAGUGGAGGGAUCUUCUGCAGCAGAGGAGCAGCACCAGGUCGAGAAGAGCCAGGAACUUUUUGUUCCGAUAAAAACGGCACACCUCGAACAACAUCCUGGUGUGGCAAGCGCAGCCCUCCAUCCACCCGCGCAUGCUGAAGACCUUCCUCCGCCCGAAGCUCCCCAUUUCUCCGAGUUGUUCCGUCAGGCUGACCACUUCGAGAAAACAGAGUUGGAGAAAUGCUGGCGGAAACCGGAUCUUGGCCAAUUGUACGACGGCGUCGCGGUUCGGAGGAUGAGGAUAGUAAGAAAUUCCGACCACACCCACAGUGAGGAUCACACCGGUGGAGGACCAAACACUUCCAGGUCACUGACGGGGUGGAUCGUGAGGAUGACGGAGCGAUCUUCUACCACCGCGGAAGUUGUAGCCGAAGGAGCACCGGGAAGUUGCAACAACGCGCGAAGCAGCUCUUGCUUAGCAGCGUCUGGCGACGACGACGAGGAAAGAUACCUGCAGAAUUUAGAGAUUACCAUGGCACAAAUUUGGACCCAACUAUUAGCAGAUGAAGACGCACGACCGGCUGCACCAGAACUUCGCGUCGAGGAUCGAGCCACUAGUAGUACCUCUCACCUGCACAAACUUUUCAACCAACUUCUGUUGAACAGGCUUCCGGCCGCCAACGAUAAGAAUAUUACGCCAGGAUCAGGAAUACAAGUAAAUACGGCUCUUUCGUCGUCUCCCUCUCCCCGUCAGAAAAUAACCGGAACGAGCCGGCUCCCAUAUGCUUUUCUUCCCGAUCAUGUCGGACUCGGAGGCGGAAAUAAACAGGAAGAGAAUGAUGACGAUGAAAACAAGCAGAAGGACGAGGUAACAACCGGGACGGAGUUUCCGGUGCAGGUCACCCGGGUGGAAAUGGAGGGUCUGAUAGUGGAAGUUCGCCGCAUGGAUUUGCUGCAAGACGAAGACAGCGAUGGCUCAGAGGACGAAAGCGAGGACGAUGGACUGGAUUUCUUGUAGAAAAUUGGAACUCAACAAAGCGUUUGGAUAAUUUUUGGUACACGUCUUGCUGAUUGAUAUUCCAAGAAUUCGACACACGGUAAGAGAAAUCAGCAAAGCUCGUUGCUCGUUUACGGUCAAUUUCGCUCCUGUUUUAAGAUUCAAGUAUGGUGUCGGAGCUUCAAAUGCCACUCUAAAAAGUUCAGGUUGAGCAUAUUGUGAAGUGAUUUCCUGAAUGUCAUGCCAGUAUAUGCGUUGAUGAGAAUGUAGCUACUACAAUCAACACAGUGCUGGCCCUUCUACCUAAGUGAAGUCGAAAUGAAUCUUUAGUAUUCUCCACCUAUCUCAAAGCGACCCCAUGACCUCCUUCAUGAUUUGACGACCUCGACUGCAAAAAUUAAGAAUGCACGAAGUAUUGAGAAUUUACUCCCUCAUGCGAUCGACACGAGAGUGAGUCAUCUGCGGCAUGGAAUG